AUGGCCUCCCCACUUAUCCACGGCCUUCUCUCCCCCAUCACUGAAACCUCGCUCUUCUACAGCAUCUUCCUCCUCCUAGCCCUCUUCGUCUUCACCCUCUACUUCUAUCGCACUUACCUGCACCCUCUCUCCUCCAUCCCAGGGCCCAUUCUCUACCGCCUGACCUCAUUGCCACUCUACAUCCACAGCUACCUCGGGCGAGAAAGCAGCGUGAUAACCUCUCUCCACGCACAGUACGGACCCAUCGUACGCAUUGGCCCCAACGAAGUCGUCAUCGCCGACGGAGCCGCCCUGCCGCAGAUCUACACGCCCUCGGAAAACGCCAGCCGCGGCGGCUUCGUCAAGGCGCCGUGCUAUCAGAACUUCCACAGCGAGAAUGGCAUCGAGACGAUCUUCUCCACGGUCGAUCCGGAACACCGGAAGCCCCGCGCCAGGGCGGUCAUGCCGCUCUUCGGGGCCGGGGAGGUGAGGAAAGGGAUCGCGAGGUUUGACGGGGUGGUCGGGAAAUUGGUGAGGAGACUCCGGGCGGAGGCGAGGGGGAGUCUCGACGGGGAGAGGGGGAGGGAGGUGGAUUUGUUGGUGCUGGCGAGGAUGUGGGCGUUGGAUUCGGUGAGCGGGUAUCUCUUCGGGGAGAGCUAUGGCGCGCUCGAACAAGGGAAGCUCCGCCUCGACGCUGCCGCCUACGUCGAGUCCAUCACCGCUUACGGCCGCUUCUUCUUCCUGCCCAAUGCGCUCUUCCUCCACAUCCUCUCCUGGUCCGAGUAUCUCUUCCCUAGCACCCGUGCGGAAGAGAGUCUGGCCCGAGUCGACGCGUACGUCACGCCGUUGAUCGAGCGCGCGGCCAGCGGAGGGGAUGGGUCGAUGGUGGGGACGUUCCAGGAUCGUCUGCUCAAGGCGGGGAUUUCCAAGGAGGAGACGAGCGUCCAGAUGAAGGAUGUGAUUUUCGCGGGGACGGACACGACGGCGAUGAAUCUGGCGACGAUUCUGUGGUGGUUGGUGAAGAAGCCGGAGGUCCAUGAACUCCUCCGUCAAGAAAUCCUCCAAGCGGAAAAAGAAACCCCUUCCGAUCCCACCGGCAACAACAUUCCCACCACCAGCACCACCACCUUCCUCACCGGCGGCACCAACACGCUCCCGUACCUGGACGCGGUGAUCCGCGAAGGCCUGCGGCUGUCACGCGCCAACCCGACGCGGCUCCCGCGCAUCGUGCCCCCGUGCGGAUAUACGGAGUAUUUCCUCCCCGCGGGCACGCAGAUCAGCGAGCAGAUCUCCACGCUGCACGGGGCGGCGGGGGUGUACGAGGAGCCCGGGGACUUCCGCCCGGAGCGCUGGCUGCUGCCGCAGGGACGGGGAGGGGCAAGGGGCGACGAGGACGGGGGGAAUCCGCCGUCGCUGCUCCAUCGGGAUUUCUUCCCCUUCGGCCUCGGCGCCCGGACGUGUAUCGCGCGGGCGCUGGCCACGCAGGAGGUGAUCUGCGCGGUGCGGGGCGUCGUGCGGGACGGGGUCCUGAUGGACUGUGUCCGCGCGAGGGUGGUCGACGGGCGGAUUCGGAUCAGGGAGUGGUUCAAUGCCCAGGUCGUCGGGGGCAGGAUCGGGGUGGUCUGGGGGUGA